GUGCUAAGUAGUUGGGGUGGUGGUCGAUACCAUUACCAGCUCGAAACUACUAGACCCUUUGGGGCUGCUCUUCCAGGAAAAAGAAAAGAGAAAGAAAAGUCCCCAAAGUUGAAAGUACACACAAGAAAACAGGCAAACCUUUCCAAACACAAAAACACUUUGAAAACUGCGUCCCCCGUACUCGAUUGCGUUUGCACCGUUGAUUUUCCGCCAUUGGUUCGCGCGCAUUCCUCACAAACAGCACAGCAGCGUCAAUUAUUCUAAACAAGCGACGCACAGCAACACCCAUUUCGUGAUCACGCCACGUGUCCAGAUCUUAAAACCUCAUUUCUAAAAUCCGGGACCCGCACCGUAUCCACAAGUGCGCUGGAACAUAGUAAACGAAUACGAUCCUGCAGCACCACCUCCACCUCCACCACAAUCAAUCCAGUGCUUCCACCUGGUGCCGGCGGCGCAUGCUUUUAUACGCCUCCGGCGUUCAGGUCCUCGUCGGAGGCUCCAGAAUCCUCGCCCUCAUUGAAUCCACCAGCUCAAAGCGUCUCAGCCUCAAUUAAAUGAACGUGCAGAUUUUGAAUAACAUUUAAGGCUUCUUUUAAUAGUUUUUCCUUGUAUUUUCCAAUUUGUGCACUUCUCGAUACUUGUCUUCUGCGGAGGAAAACGAUGUCGUUUCUGCGCCGCAGAAAGGCAUCCCUGAAUCCGGGUCCGCCUGAUUCGGAUCACGAGGAGGACGAGAAGGAAAAGAAGAAGCUGAAGCGGCAGCAGAAGAAGAAGAGGAGGAAGGAGAAAGAGAAAGAGAAGGAGAAGGAGAAGGAGAAGGAGGAGGAAGAGAAAGUAGAAAAGGCGAAUUCGAAAGGUUGCCGCGUAGCUCCGAAGGCGAAAAAGUGGUCGUGCGUGGAUAGCUGCUGCUGGUUCAUCGGAGUGAUAUGCUCCCUCUGGUGGUUCCUUCUAUUUCUGUACAAUGCAAUGCCGGCGUCUUUCCCUCAGUACGUGGCGGAGGCCAUAACGGGACCGUACCCGGACCCUCCCGGCGUGAAGCUGAGGAAGGAAGGCUUGACGGCGAACCACCCGGUGGUUUUCGUGCCAGGAAUAGUAACCGGUGGGUUGGAGCUCUGGGAGGGCCGUCAGUGUGCCGAUGGAUUGUUCAGGCAGAGGUUGUGGGGUGGCACCUUUGGGGAACUGUAUAAAAGACCAUUAUGCUGGGUUGAGCAUAUGUCUCUGGAUAAUGAAACAGGACUGGAUCGCCCGGGCAUUAGAGUUAGGCCUGUGUCUGGACUUGUGGCAGCUGACUAUUUUGCGCCUGGUUAUUUUGUCUGGGCAGUUCUUAUUGCUAAUUUGGCCCGUGUCGGGUACGAGGAGAAAAACAUGUACAUGGCUGCAUAUGAUUGGAGAAUUUCGUUUCAAAAUACAGAGGUCAGAGAUCGAACUUUGAGCAGGAUAAAAAAUAAUAUAGAACUCAUGGUGGCUACAAAUGGUGGUAAAAAGGUUGUCGUAAUUCCCCAUUCAAUGGGUGUUCUAUACUUUCUGCAUUUUAUGAAGUGGGUUGAGGCACCACCACCAAUGGGUGGAGGGGGUGGAUCAGAUUGGUGUGCCAAGCAUAUUAAAGCAGUGAUGAACAUUGGGGGACCUUUUCUUGGUGUUCCCAAAUCUGUCGCUGGGCUCUUCUCCAUUGAAGCCCGGGAUAUUGCUGUGGCAAGGGCCUUUGCACCAGGUGUUUUGGACAAGGAUGUUUUUGGUCUUCAAACUUUAGAGCAUCUAAUGCGUAUGACCCGAACAUGGGAUUCAACCAUGUCAAUGAUACCAAAAGGAGGAGAUACUAUAUGGGGUGGCCUGGAUUGGUCACCUGAAGGAUACUAUAACUGCAGUGCAAAGAAACACAAGACCAAUGAUAGUAUCAAACCAUGUCAAAAUGACAAAAAGAGUCAGUCAAUGAAACAUGUGAAUUAUGGAAGACUCAUAUCCUUCGGGAAAGAUGCAGCUGAGUUACAUUCCUCUAAGCUUGACAUGUUGGAUUUCAGGGGUUCUCUUAAGGGGAGGAGGAGCCAUAUGAACACGUCUACUUGUGAUAUUUGGACAGAGUAUCAUGAAAUGGGUGUUGAGGGAAUCAGAGCUGUUUCAGAUUAUAAAGCUUACACUGCUGAUGCAGUUUUGGAUCUCCUUCGUUUUGUUGCACCCAAGAUGAUGAAGCGCGGAGAUGCGCAUUUUUCUCAUGGAAUUGCUGACAAUUUGGAUGACCCAAAAUACAAGCAUUACAAAUAUUGGUCUAAUCCCUUAGAAACAAGAUUACCACAUGCUCCAGAUAUGGAGAUUUACUCUAUGUAUGGGGUCGGGAUCCCAACGGAAAGAGCCUAUGUUUAUAAGUCAACUUCCCAAUCGGAAUGCUACAUUCCGUUUCAGAUUGACACAUCAGCAAAUGGUGGAGAUGAGGACCCUUGUUUAAAGGAUGGAGUUUAUAGUGCCAAUGGGGAUGAAACCGUUCCCGUUUUAAGCGCUGGUUUCAUGUGUGCAAAAGGUUGGCGGGGAAAAACCCGCUUUAAUCCUUCAGGCAUCCAAACGUUCAUAAGGGAGUAUGAACACGCUCCUCCAGCUAAUCUUCUAGAAGGAAGGGGAACCCAGAGUGGUGCUCAUGUUGAUAUAUUGGGGAACUUCGCACUUAUUGAAGAUAUUAUACGAGUAGCAGCAGGAGCCUCUGGUGAGGACUUAGGUGGAGAUAGAGUUCACUCAGAGAUUUUCAAAUGGUCUGAAAAUAUUAAUUUAAAGCUCUAGUUUCACAUGUCCAAGAUCGAAUCCUUUUUGCUUCAAUCACAUGGCUUUGAGGUAGAGCUGAUGGUUACUGAGCUAUGUGGCUGAUAGACCAGUGGUGAUGACAGCCGCAGCUUGAUUUUUGACUCGGGUAGUGUCUAUAGCGUUUCAUCAUUUUGGGAAAAUGCCGAAUCUAUUUAUAACCCUUUCACCCCCAAAGAAAAAUGGGGGAGAAAAUUUGUAUACCGAGGCUACAAUUUUGUCGAUUCCAUUAAUUCAUCUUAUCAUUGUCAAUUGCCAGUGA